UUGAGAAGCCAUUUUGAUUUUGCGGGAAAGCAAGWCAACAGAAGUCGUUAUAUUUGGAACCAUUUGAAAACCAUUUCUAAAGGAUAUAAUCAUGUGGAAUGACGGAGGAGGAUUUGGUGGUGGUUAUCAGUCAAUGGACACAAGUGGUUAUGGUGAUGGCGGAGGUUACAUGCAAGAUAACCAGUUUGCUUCACCAUCAGCAAGCUCACAGGAAAAGAAGAGAAGUAGUAAUAAAGCACAGGCUGUUGUUCCAUGUACAAUAAAACAGCUAAAUAGUGCAGUGUAUGAUCAGGCUAAUGAUKUAUUUAAACUACCAUAUGCAGACUUGCAGCAGGUGACAUUUAUCGGUGUCAUUAGAAGUGCUAAUGAAUCAUCCACUAACGUUGUCUACAUGAUUAAUGACAUGACGGGAGACGACAUAGUGGUCAAGAAAUGGAUUAAUGAAAAUGAGGAAACAGAGGACGAAAAGCAAAGAAGAUCAGCAUGUAGAGAGAAUUCAUAUGUCAAAGUAACAGGAAAUCUUAAGUCUUUCAAGGAAAACAGUCGAUCAGUGAUUGCAUUCAAUGUAUCAGUGGUGAUGGACUUCAAUCAAAUUACUCAUCAUUUACUGGAAGUUAUUCACUCCCAUCUUGUCUUACAAAAGGAACCGGAUGUAGAUAGCAAUAUUGGUAUGACACCAGCAAAAGGUUCCUUUCAUGGAGGCAUGAUGACUACACCAGGGAGAAAUGACAGUAGUUUUGGUGGGRGUGGUGGUAAUUCCCUUGGCUUGUCAGGUGUUCAGCUGCAGGUCCACAAUAUCAUUGCUGGAGCAACAUCUGAAGAAGGGAUGAGUUUAGGAACUAUUAGACAGAGACUCAGAGCUGUUUCAGAGAUGCAGAUAAAGAAUGCUAUAGAAUUCUUGAGCAACGAAGGCCACAUCUACUCAACAACAGAUGAUGAGCAUUUCAAAUCCACUGACAGUGGAUAAAGGAUCGUUAUUAAUAAUACAGAACUCAAGAAGACAAAAAACAAGCUGUUUCUUCAUUUUCACAAGUGUUGCUCAUGUAAUCCAUUGUAAACCACACCACACUGGUGUGACUKCCACUGAAGUUGCAAAAAAGACAGCUAUAUUUCAAAUCGAACUCAUAAACAAUGUGGUACAGUAACUGUUUGAUACUAGUAGUUCAGACUGAUAUUUGUAACAGAGGACUUUUCGUGACAUUAUAAAGAUUUUUAUCUUUAAACAAUUCUUUAUAUUAUACAUUCCUAAAUASCUCUAAAUCAAUAACUUGUUUUAUUACAAAAUGGCAAUACAUGUCCAUUAUUAUGUCAAGCUUAUACCAUAACUACAGCUAUUGACAAUUAAUAUUACAAAGAGUUUCCAAUCCCACCCUCUAGUGUUGAAAGCAUUUCACACAAAUCCAUGAACAUAUAUUUUAGUAUUUACCUUUCUUUUCUUUUAUAUUGUUAAUUUGGGACUAAAAAUUACUAUUUCAUGGUUUUAGUGUGGUAAGCGUGUUAGUCUAUGAAAAUUAAACUGAAAAUGUAAAUCAA